UGGAUGGCGAAACCCCGCUCGCGUGAGCUUGUGUGUUACGUAAAAAGGAGUCAACUAAUUAUAUUUCCCGCGCGAUACUGUUCUGUGAAGACUUCCGUACCAGAAAACUCGUGAAGAUGGCAGGAAUCCUGGAGCUCCCCAAAACUCGAGUGACCUGCGCGAUGCUGUCGCAGUACAUCAGCAGACCGGUCUGCUUCGUCGGGCGCGUGGAGAAGGUUCACCCGUCGGGGAAAUCCUUCACGGUGGCGGAUGGAGAAGGAAAGAUAGCAACGGUUGAGCUGAACGACCCUCUUGAAGAAGAGCUGAGCGGCAUCGUGGAGGUCGUCGGCACGGUGUCCAACAAAGGAGCGAUAAUGGCCGUCACGUACAACCUGCUGCGGGAGGACCGGGGCGUGCCCUUCGACCUAGAACUCUACGCCGAAGCCCUGAAAGUGGUCCACGAGUUCCCGCAGCACUACCCAUUCCAGGUGGUGGCGAGCGGAUGAGCAGCUCACCGGAGGCUCAGUCCACUCUGUGAGGAGAAGUCCAGUUGUACUAAGGAGAGUCUGUAAAGUUCUGUUGGUAAAUUAAAAACAUGUAAAGACCA